AUGCUUACACCAUUUUAUGAUGAACAGGUUGAGCAGAAGCUUGCAUGGCUAGCGAUUAACGUCCCCAAACAUAUCCCUGGUAAUGCACAGAGCAGCAGGACAGCUUGGACAGUGUUUAAGCAGAUGUGUGAGGAUAAGGCAGAAUUCCAUUGGACCAGUAAACAUCCUGUCACUUCAUGGAAGAACCAUUUCAAGAAGCGCUUUGACAAGUUCAACCCUAGAGUUGAUAGGCUGGAAAAUCUGGACAGAAAGGGAAAGGGGAAGGCUCCUGAGAUUACUGCCAAGGCAAUAAUCCUGAACAGGAAGCAUGCCAAUUCGGUUCAACCCAACUCUUUACCACAUCCCCAAUCUCUCAAGCAGAGGAAGCCAGAUGGGAACAGUGCUGGUUCAUCACCCUAA